UUAGUCAAUAAAUCUCAUAUUUAACUUUUAUUCCAGGACCAAUCAUGAGACUGAAAAGCUACUUUUUUCUUAUGGUGAACUUGGCAGUUUCAUCAGCACUUUCCCUCCCUAUGGUGGAGGUAGAGGUAAUUGAUGUCAGUGAACACAACACAAAGGAUUUAACACUUGAUGAUAUUCGUGAGCCUCCAAACAUUCAAAGGAGCAGCAUUGUACCUGGAAACAGUCAGUGGACAUCCCCUGUUCCCUACGUCUUGGAUSAAGGCCUGGACUUGAGAGCUAAAGGAGUCAUCAUGAGAGCCUUUGACCAGUUCAGAGUGAAGUCAUGCAUCGAUUUCAAACCCCGGGACUCUGAAAAUUAUUACAUCAACAUCAAAAAGCUGGAUGGAUGUUGGUCAUAUAUUGGUCGAAUAUUCGCCAACGGACAGGACCUCUCUAUUGGUGCAGGCUGUGACUACAUUGCUAUUGUUGAACAUGAGAUCCUUCAUGCGCUUGGCUUCUACCAUGAACAGUCUAGAUAUGACAGAGAUGAUUAUGUACGGAUUGUAUUCGCCAACAUCCUGUCAGGUACAGAGUAUAAUUUCAACAAAGUUGAAAGUGCUGUAAGCACCACCCAUGGAGUCCCGUAUGACUACAUGUCAGUGAUGCACUACGGCAAGGACGCAUUCAACAAUGGCAAUGGCAAUCGCACAACAAUUAUUACCAUAGACCCUAAAUACCAAGAUGUGAUUGGUCAAAGGCUGGACAUGAGUCCUAGUGAUGCUCUGGAGCUGAACCUCCUCUACAACUGCAACACAACUAUUGUCUCCAAAUUUUACUGUGGCUUUUCUAAUGGAUCGAUGUGUCAGAUGAGCCACUGUUCAGAGGGUGGGAGUGGAUGGGAAGUGGUUACCCAAGCUCCAGGGGGUCCAAGCUCUGACCACACCACUCUACCAAGUGGAAGUGAAGAUUAUGGUCAACAAACAGGGUACUUCAUGCACGCAAGCACAGCAUCAGGUCAAGAAGGAGAUUCAGCACGACUGGAAACGGAGGUAGUGAAGCCGACCAGGGCAUGUAAUGUCCAGUGUCUGCAGUUCUACUAUUUCCACAGCGGAAAUGAGGCAGAUGAACUUAAUAUCUGGAUCAGAGAGUUUGAAAACGAUCAGGACACCACAGGAACUCUCCGCCUUAUGGGACAAAUUACUGGUUCACGAACAUCUCACUGGAAGAUCCACCAUGUUUCCUUGAAUGCCACCAAGGACUUCCAGGUGGUGUUUGAGGUCCAGAAAGGAGCAGGAAUCUCUACAGGAGGUUUCUCCAUUGAUGACAUCAAUCUCUCAGAGACAGAGUGUCCACAUGUUGUCUKGCAGAUUGAUGACUUGGAGAAUCUUUUAAACACAAGCAGCUUUGGAACCMRAAUWUACAGCCCAMRACAAUACUCCAAAGACGGCUAUGCAUACCRUGUAGCYRYUAUUCUUUWUAMAACRUAUAUUGGAAUGUWUGURCAGCUYUUGUCUGGUAAGAAUGAUGACCAGCUGCAAUUUCCUUGUCUGCAAAGACAUAUGAUUUUCCAGUUGCUGGAUCAAACCCCAAACAAGCAACUGCAAAUGUCUAAGGAAUCUACUUUUGUUUCUGAUAUAACUCAAGUAGCAUCUGGUACCUCUAUCUGGGACAAUCCUAGGGAGACUGGAGUUGCAUUGUUUUUUGACAAUGAAGAAUUAGUCUAUGGUGGUAGGGUUCUCUGGGGGGUCAAUCCUUUUACAACGGUACAAGAAUUGCAAUCCAGAGAGUUUCUCAAGGGAGGAAGCGCCAUUUUCAUGUUCAACUUUGAAGAUCUCAACCCACUAAUCAAUGGAACAACUCUACCAUGUCCUCAGUUAAGACCAGUGAGCAUAACAAAUCCUCCACAAAAUCUGAAUAAAAGUCAAUGCUCUGCAAGAGUAUCUCCAAGCAUCAGUCCACCUUCUACAAGCCCAGAAAACAGGUAUUGA